GCAUAGCCGUCAGCUGGGCACCGAGGAAGCAGCAUCAUGGCGGCGUCCGCUCGCAGCGUGCAGUGUGCCAUACGGAGAGCGAUGAUCCCGUCGUUGGUGGUGGUUUUGGGAGCUACCGGCACCGGGAAGUCCAAGCUGGCGAUCGAGAUCGGAAAACGGCUUCAGGCAGAAAUAAUCAGCGCCGACUCCAUGCAGGUGUAUCAGGGCCUCGACAUCAUCACCAAUAAGGUGACAGCUGAGGAGCGUGCCCAGUGCAGACAUCACAUGAUCAGCUUUGUGGACCCGUUAGUUAGCAGCUACACGGUGAUGGACUUCAGGAACAAAGCCCUGGCUCUAAUAGAUGACAUGCACAGCAGAAGCAAACUGCCAGUCAUUGUAGGAGGAACAAACUACUACAUUGAGUCUCUGCUGUGGAGAGUCCUGCUGGAUACCGGGCAGGAAAACGAGGAGUCAGGGGACAGGGGAGAUGGGGUUUCAAACAGGAAGUUGGAGCUGGAGAAACUGGGAGGAGCUGAGUUACACAAACGGCUGGCAGAGGUGGACCCCAAAAUGGCUGCCAUGUUGCACCCCAACGACAAACGCAAGAUAGCCAGGAGUCUUCAAAUCCAUGAGGAGACAGGCAUCCCCCAUAGCCGCUGGCUGGAGGAGCAGAGGGGGCAGGAGGGAGGUGAUGGGCUUGGGGGGCCGCUGAGAUACCCAGACCCCUGCAUCCUCUGGCUGCAUGCUGACAUGGACGCUCUAGACAAGCGGUUGGAUGCUCGUGUAGAUGAGAUGUUGUCUACUGGACUGAUAGAGGAGCUCAGAGACUUCCAUGUCCGCUACAAUCAGCAGAAAGUCCAGGACGACAGUCAGGACUAUCAACAUGGGAUUUUCCAGUCGAUCGGUUUUAAGGAGUUCCAUGACUACCUGACUGCCCCUGAAAGCAGCACCCAGCAGGAGAAAGACACACUACGAGACAAAGGCAUAGAAGCUUUGAAGAUUGCUACGAGGCGUUACGCCCGCAAACAGAAUAAGUGGGUCCGUAACCGCUUCCUUAAACGACCGGGAGACAACGUGCCAGUGGUGUAUGGCCUGGAUGUGACUGAUGUGUCGAGGUGGGAGGAGAACGUGCUGAACCCUGCACUUCAGAUACUGGACAGUCUCAGCAAGGGUGAGGAGCCAGCUAUUGCACCAAUCAGAGUACAGGGGUCGGAGCAGAGAAACAAACGGAGCCACCAUUCAUGUGAUCUGUGUGACAAAGUGAUCAUAGGUGACCUGGAGUGGACAGCUCACCUGAAGUCCAAAAAGCAUCACUAUCAUGUGAGGAAGAAGAGGAAGUCUGAACCAGUCUGUGACCAGUCCCAGGUCACCACUGCACCUCCUCCCUCUGCUGCAGAGAUCGCGGAGAGCCUUUCAAAGGACUCUGGUGCUACUGUUGCCUCAGGCUGCAGUGAAACCUCUCAGGAGUCUUCUCAAGACACCAGGAGGACACAUGAGGAAGUACCUGUGGCUUUUUAGGAGUUGUGCAGACUCUGGACUAAAUACUGUACAUCUCUACCUACCACUGCUCUGCACUAACAGCUGGAUUUUUCCUUAUGGUGCUUAUAGUGCUACUUUCAUGCUUCCCAUAGAUUCAAAAUGUCUCUUUGACAAAUCAGAAAAUUGAGCAGCAGCAAAGUAUUUCAGCAAAGUAUUUCUUUUUGAAUGGGAUGAGGGACCUGUCAAAGACAAAGAAGAUAGGUAUUUUUGUAGUUGAGAUGAUGGUCAACAUUGUGGACUCAAAAAGAUCAAUUGUGUGUGAUCAAUGUUUUAUGGCGCGUGCAGCCAAAGAACUAUAAUUUUUAAGGAAUCGUUUUUUGGGCCAGUGCCUGAAAAUCUAUUUUAAGCUGAAAGAGUUUUUUUUUCUGUUUUUGCAGAACGUGCCUUAAACGAUUUGGCGAUCUUUCAUACUGCUGCAGGACUUCAGGAUCAAAGUUUCUUUGCCCUGUCUUUGUCUUAGCCACCAUGCACUUUUAACUUCAUCCAUUUUGUUUGAGAUAUGUUCAAUAAACCAAAGGCUUGUGUCUCAGCCAGUUUAGGGUGAUGUGCUUUGAAUCACUUAAGUUAAAAAGGAAAAUUGGACUUGGAGUUUUCACACGACAUCAGCGGCAGAUUAUCCUAGUGAGACCUCAUUGGCAUGCUUACAUAGCACAAAGUUUGGUGCGCUGGUUGCCUGCUGCCACCUUGUUUUACUGUCAUUAAAUAUGUUUUUCUAGAU